UUCUCCCUAAUGAUCACAGGGGGUUCGUUCUGACAGGAGAAACGCUUGGCGAUGAACAGGGUAGAAGAUCCAAAGCUCCCUUGCCUCGUGCUGGACGUAAAGAGGCCGGAGAAGAGAAACAAUUGAUAUCUCCCUCCCCGGAAUUUGGGUCAGGGAGCCUGCCGGAAGUCUGCAACUUGGAUGAGUUUCGACUAUUGGGCGCUGGGAUAUAGAUGUUCAGGCGACGGUGUGACGGUCGCGUGUGUGCACCGUAGGAUGGCAGUGUUGCUGAGUUGGGGUGAGAGCCUGAACGCCUGGUUCUGGAAUCCGGAGGUGUGGCUCAUCCGGGGCUACACGUGGGACUCCCUCGCCCAGGCUGAACAUUUUCAGUAUCCCGUCUUCAGCGACCUGUGGACAUACCCUUUUGCCAUAGCCGCUGCCCUCCUUGUCCUCCGAUACUUCGUCCUCAACCCCUUCGUGUUCACCCCGACGGCCCUCGCCCUGGGCGUCUCCAACAACCAGCAGCGGCCGCCGCCUCCAAACCGAGUCCUUGAGGCGGUGUUCCGACGCCACAGGAAUCACACUCCAGCGGAGGUCAUAUCCAAGGCCGCGCGAGAGAGCGGCUUCAGCGAGCGCAAGGUCGAGAGGUGGCUGAGGCAGCGCGUCGUGUCUGCGAGGUCGACUGAUGUGGAGAAGUUUAACGACUGCGCAUGGCAGGCGCUGUACUACAGCCUGUACUGCGUGAUGGGCUUUGUGGUGCUUUGGGACAAGGCGUGGCUGUGGGACAUCAAGCACUGCUGGUACGACUACCCCGAGCAGAGCGUGGACAACGAUGUUUGGUGGUACUACAUGACGGCGCUCGGCUUCUACUGGUGCAUGACACUCACGCACUCCAUCCAACACCAAAGGAAGGACUCGCUGCAGAUGUUUAUCCACCACGUCCUCACCAUCAUGCUCAUCGUCUUCUCGUGGACGGUCAACUUCGUGCGUCUCGGCUCGCUCGUGCUGAUCGUCCACGAGUGCGCUGACAUCCCCAUGCUGCUUGCCAAGAUGAGCAAGCUCUUCGGGCGUCGGGACCUGAUGGACAAAUUCUUCGUGGUGUUCGUGCUGUUGUGGCUGAGCACGAGGACCGGACUGUUCCCCCUGUGGAUCCUCAACAACUCGCUGUUUGAGGCGCACGUGAUUCUCGAUGUAGAGCUCAUCCCUGUCUAUUACAUCUUCAAUGGGAUGAUGCUUACGCUGUUCUUGAUCCACGUCGUCUGGACGUACCUCAUCCUCAGGAUUCUCGUCACGAAGCUCCUGGACCACAAAUUGGAGGACCUCCGCUCCUCCUCGGACGCCUCGGCUGACGAAGACGAGCGUGCCACCAAGAAGGGCCAGUAACCUCGGGGGUUAUAGUCAUAUUCUGCUGUUUAUGCUUCUUUCACUCACGCUGGAACCAAAGAGAACCAAAGCAGUCACAUUCCACUGCGUAGUUGCGUAGUUAUUUGUGCCAUAUUGUUAGGUUAUCAGUCUACCAGUACCUAGGGGCUGUGAACUUAUUCUUAAUAUGGGAAAUGGCGUUCCCAACUUUGUGUGUGUGUGUGUGUGAUGUGAAGAGCAUUCAGCAAAUAAGUUAGUCUUCAGGAAACCCCUCAGUAAUGUAAGAAGAAAGAUACAUUAGUGGUUCGGCUUCGUCAAAUGGGAGUUUUCAACCGUGGAAGAAAACCUUAGAGCGAAUGUUCGUGGGUGAUGCCGUUUCGUGUGGUGUAUUUUUUGUGUUGGAAGGUUGUCAAAUUACCCCCCCCCCCCGUGCAUUUUUUUCGAUCAUGAGCAUUCAGUGUAUGAUCCACGGGUACUGUUGUGAGCCAUGAUUUCCCUGUGAUUGGGGGACGAGGCCAGCUGAGUCCGCGGAUAUUACCAAUCAUCGGAUCGCUUGUAAAUGGCAGUAACGCUAGUGUGGUGUUGGGGAUGGGACUUUUAUAGUAACUCAUCUUCUUAUGUGCUUCUGUUUAUUUUAUCAUCAACCUUUUUCAGUCACUAUGGGAUGUCAGUUAGUGAAAAAAUGGAGCGAACAUGAUGGCAUGUUACUGUGUCUCCCGAGAACAUGAUUUAUACUCAGCUUAUAAAUGAUAAGCGCCCGUGAGUUUUAGCCAAUCUCCCGUCCUUGUCUCCUGCACUCCCCCCCCCCCCCCAUCGCUCGGUGUCCUCCACUUUUUUUUCCAUUCAUGGAGACCAGACACUAAACCAUCGCUGUUAGUAUUCUUCAGGUUAUCUUUAUAGGAAAUUGGAAGCACGUGAUAUACGAUCCCACCUAAUAGUUAAGGAUAGAGCUCAUAUUUAGACCUCUAAUUAUGUUAAAUAGUGUACUUGGUAGAUACACUAAAUGCCACCAAUGACCCUGGAUGCUUGAACGUCAGGAAAGAGUAAAUGAUCAGUCAGUAAAUCAGUCAAGUCAGUCAAUCAAUCAGUUUGUCAGUCAAUCAAUCAGUUAAUCAGUCAAUCAAUCAGUUAGUCAGUCAUUCAUCAGUCAGUCACCAGUCAGUCAGGGACGCUGAAAAAUGGCUCACCACUAUAUGGCGGAGGUUAAAAUCUUCGUCAUUUGUUUUUUUUUCCAAGUUCCAGUGCGAAAAGCAAAGGAUGAAAUAGCACAAACUAAUAACGUAUGUAUUAGUAAAUUCAUAUUGACUUUGGUUGGUAGUUAUGCAUUGUGCAUUGUUAUGCCAUGUCAACAAAUUUAUAGAUUUUUUAUUAAUAAAGAAAGCUAUUUGU